CUCUGUUUCUCCUCCUUACAAGUUCGUUGACAGCCUGUCACUCCCUGGCGCUUCCUUGACCUCGCAUCUCAAUUCCGAUCCCCGCGCUAAUGGGCUUGCACGCCUCCGACCCUCUCCAGACUCAAUUGCACCUCUCUGAAGCUCGUGCCUCAAUCGACGUGUGUCACUAAGCCCGGGAUACACCAAAGGCGCCUUUAUCUCGGCGCUUGCCACUACUGUCAUAAGUGUGGCCCUGCGGACGCGAUCCCCGCUGUCUUGCUGGCGCUGAGACAUCCGAAAUAACCUGCGUUAUGGUGCCGGAUAUGGGAUGAGAAAGACUACACCACGAGCCGUCGCUCAGCUAGCUUGAACACGCGCCUGAAUCGCCAUAGUCCUCUGAGAACCCAAAAGAUGCGGCGGCGGGUUCUGUCCCCCUACCAUGGGCGGACAGCGACCCCUCCUUCCGCAGAGGUGUCCCUGGUUCGCAGCUUUGACUCCCAGGUCAAUCCGUCGCGUCCUGUCAGACAAUCUCCUCUGGCAACAUCGCAGAUUCAAGGGAUGCCCUUGGAUUUGAUCGAGCGCAUUCGUUCAUUUCCCCUCUUCCAAACCACCUCCGACAGCUUCUUAGCCGACAUUGGUCUCCUCCUAAAACCUCAACUCUACACUCCGAAUGACUACAUCAUCACCGAAGGUGAAGACGCAAAAGCAAUGUACUGGCUCGUCCGAGGUGCUGUGGCUGUUACUUCACGGGAUGGGGAGAGUACCUAUGCCGAACUGAAGCCAGGCGCCUUUUUUGGAGAGAUCGGCAUCCUCAUGGAACGCCCUCGGACGGCUACGGUGAUCGCGCGAUCACGUUGUUUGGUCCUGGUCUUAAAGAAGGAGGAUCUCAAAACUAUACUUCCCAAAUAUCCAGAUGUGGAACGAGCCAUUCGAGAAGAGGCGCUGGAAAGGCUGACACAGUUGGAGAAGAAAAAGAGACAGGUCAUCUUGGGCACGGAGGAAGUCCCCUCUGACGAGAGAAGAGGGUCGAAACGGCGAGCAGAAUUUUCUGAAGAUGUAUCUAUGGAUGACGGCGACUCGAAUAAGAGAAGGAAAUCCCCUAGCCCUGGUACGAACGAAGUGUCGACAGCAAGCGCGUUAGGGCACGGCCUCGUCAAUAUCAGAGCCACAUUAAAGGAGCUGCCUCUGUUUGCAUCCCUGCCUCCAGAGAUCCUGCACUUUCUCGGGCUGAGUGCAUCGCCAAGGAGCUUCGCUCCGUUUACAGAUAUCAUCAAGCAGGACACUAGAGGCAGAGAAGUCUACUUCAUUGUCCGUGGUGAGGUGGAGAUUCUGGACGAAAGGAACGUUUCGAGCCCAAAACUGGACAGAACGAAUGUUCCAAACGGCAUUCCGCCGACUCCUCGUGUGAAAGCACGUCUCAAGCCGGGACAGUAUUUUGGAGAAGUCGUCAGCCUUUCCUUGGCCGAUCGUCGGACUGCCACUGUUCGCUCAGUCACCCAGGUUGAAUGUUUAAUGAUCUCGGAGAAUGUCUUGGCCGAUUUCUGGGAUCGCUGCCCGCCAGAAAUCGUUCGACAGAUUGAAGACACUGCGAGACAGAGACUACGGACAGCGUCUUACAAUGACGUCGUGAUGAGCGAUGCAGAUUCCGAACCCAACAUCCAUCAAUUGGCCAUUGGAGAAGGCAAAGACAAGACAGCCAGAAAGGUCGUCCAAGCUCCAAGGGUGACAUUUACAGACGCAGAAAUGGCGAGCCCGACAGACGAGCCCGGCACUGUGGAGCCUUCUGAUCCUGAUCCCUUCCUUAGCGAAGGACUAGAAAAGGUCAAGUCUAGGUCGAGGAGAGGUUCACUUGCCCCACCUCCGCCAGAUGAACCAUCAAAGGAACAAAGGCGGCGCUCUCCUAGAGUAUCUCCUGUCGUGACAAGCAGCCCGUCUCCUCGAAGUUCUAUCUCCGGAACACCGUCCCCUACUUCUGAACAGAAAGGCUCUGGAAUUCCUUUCUCUGACCCUUUUUCUCCAGGAGGCCGACGAAAACCUCGUUCCAAGCCUCGUCUUGGUUUGAAUCAUGGCGAUAUUCCCGAAAAGAUAUUGCCUUUGGUGCUUGAGUAUCUUGAACUUCACGAUCUGAUGAGACUGCAAAGAGUCUCUUUACAUUGGCAGAACGUUCUGAACACGGCACCUAAUUUGUUACAUUACCUCGACCUUUCACAGUACAACCGCAAGAUUACAGAUGACGUUCUGGUUAAUCGGAUAUGCCCCUUCACUGGAGCCAGACCUCGCUUCGUCGAUCUCAGCAACUGCUUCCACGUCACGGACGAGGGGUUUAGCGCUUUGGUAAACAUGUGUGGCACCAAUGUUCAAGGCUGGCGCAUGAAGAGCGUUUGGGAUGUCACGGCCCCGGCGAUACUCGAGAUGGCCAACAAGGCUCGUGGACUCAAAGAAGUUGACCUGAGUAAUUGCCGCAAAGUUAGUGACACGUUGCUAGCAAGGAUCGUGGGCUGGGUGGUGCAAGCCCAAUCUCAAAUACCGAGCCAACGCAACAAAUUGAAUGCACAGCGCCCUGUUCUGAAUACGAAGCUGAACACUCCGGUACAACAACCGGCCCCUGGCACAGUGAUUGGCUGUCCGCAGUUGGCUUCUAUCACUCUGAGUUAUUGCAAACACAUAACCGAUCGGACCAUGGCGCAUAUUGCAACGCACGCCAGUCAGCGGAUAGAGUCUAUGGAUCUUACUCGAUGUACGACUAUUACUGAUGCCGGUUUUCAAUUCUGGGGAAACGUCAAAUUCGAACGGUUGAAGAGGCUUUGUUUGGCAGACUGUACAUAUCUGAGCGAUCAGAGCAUUGUAUGGCUUGUCAACGGAGCCGGCAGUGGAUUGAGACAGCUCGACCUUUCUUUCUGUUGCGCUCUAUCCGACACUGCGACAGAGGUUCUGGCUCUCGGCUGUCCAAACCUAACCCAUCUCAACCUAUCGUUUUGUGGCAGUGCCGUAUCGGAUCCAAGUCUAAGAUCUAUAGGUCUGCACUUGGCAGCUUUGAAAGAGCUUGCCGUCCGAGGGUGCGUCCGUGUUACUGGGCUUGGUGUACAGAGCGUUGUCGAAGGAUGUCAAAAACUCCGACUACUCGACGUGAGUCAGUGCAAGAAUCUCCAGCCGUGGCUCGUUUCAGGCGGCGUUGAACGAUGGCGAGCUACAGGCCGAGACCUGCAAUUUGUGGUUGUCAGCUCCGGGACGAAGUUGGUGCGGUGAUGACACCUUGCCAAAGUCCAUGUUUGUCUGUGGACCUGUGCUUUCACUCGACCAGGCAGAUAUAUACGAGUGAAAUGGAAAUAAGGGGUGGGUUCUGGAAAUAUUGUAUGUGAUCUAUGGAGAUCAGGAAGAUACCCCAUUUUGAGAUGAAUGUCAGUUUUGAAGAACGCAAUGAAUUCACAAAGCAUUCGGUCUGCGACAGUGUGUU